AGGCAAGCUCGACCUUCACCUUCAUUCAUAUAUUGAUUGGACGCCCUCGGGAAGCCUGCAUCAGGAGCAGAUGCAGCGACUGCCUGCUCACAUUCACCUUCACAGUCAAGAUGGCAUCUUCACACGCCACCUCAUCGUCCUGCACGCUCGACCUCGAUCCCGCGCUGCCCUUGAUGGGCGGCAGCACGAUCCACAUUUCAGGUCUGGACUAUCCGCUGUCGGACGCUUCCCCUGAGGUCAAUCAGAUAUCUCUGCAAGGCUUGACCAACGUCCCCACCGGUGUGCACUUCUUUGCAUGGGAUCCGCCCUUGAGCGCUUCAAGCCAGUCCUCUCUCCCACCUGGCUUCACCAAUCGCGUCGGCUUCUUUGCCCACCUGACAUACGAUGGGCAAGUCGUGCGGCGAGAUUUGAGCAGCGGACAUCGCAGUGGAUCGAAAGGAGCGGUGUUGUCGAGAUCCGCAGCUCGGCAAGAGCCCACAGGAAGUAACCGCAGCACUCAGCUCAGCUUUCCCUUGCCUACCUCCUCUUGGCAGAGCUGGCAGCGUGCGACUGCGUUGCUGGAUAAGCGACCCGAUACUUUGCAACGCGUGCUGGGGGAUCAGCUGAGUUGUUGUACAUCCGAUGAACUUGCGCAUCCCGAACGACCACUCUGUGCGGGCAAGAUCAGCUCGGCCGAGCAAAAGCUGGAAGAGUCUCUUCGGACUGCCAGGCGGAGGGAUGUGAGCGGCGAUGACCUGGCUGCGAAGGAGGAAGAGCUGGACAAGAGGCUGCGCUUCACACCUGUACUGCUCAGAAAGAGCUGGGUAGACACGGUGGGAGAGGAGAGGACGAGGUGGAGUCUGGACAAAAGUUUGGCUCUCAGAAAGGCCGUGGAAACCCUGGCUGGCGAUCCUACAGCGCUACUUGCAGAAUUCGAACUCAGCUUCGUGCUCUUUGUCUCGCUGUCCAGCCCCGCAGCGCUGAGCCACUGGCAAUGCUUCGUCGAGCUAUUUUGCAGAUCCAGAGCUGCGAUGGGCGCUCAAUUCAUCCACCAAGUCUCCGGUCAUGGACUAGAAGCCAUCUUACAUGGGGCUAGCUCUACUGCAGUAGCCGCAUCAGCAGUCAAUGGCAGUGCCGCUGCAAGCAAUGGCAGCAAGUCGAGCGCUACCGAUUACAUGGUACCGGAGCUACACGCUGCAUUCAUGCAGACGCUAUGUGCCCAGCUCAAUCUUUUGGACGCAGAGACGCUUCUGGGCGAUCAGGGUCCAAAUGACAAUCUGGCUUACUGGCUCAGUCAGGAGCUUCACUCGCUACGGGCAGCCAUCACCGACGCUCUAGCGGUCAGCGCAUCUCCAUCUUCCAUUGCUACUACUCCAUCGAAUGCGGAUCGAUCUGAUCCGUCCGAGAAACUCAUAUCGUGCUGGAGGGUUCUAGCGCGCGUUUUCAGGGAAAAAUCAGGAGUGGAUUUGGAUGAGAGGAACGAUGAGGAGAUUCUGCUGCAAGAGCAGGAACUGUUUGAGAGAGGCAUCGAGAUGGGCGCGGAGGAUGCUCCCGUCGUUGUCGACCUCUGAACAGUCUCAAUGUGACCAAGGGUCGUGGCAAAUGGAUCAUUGCCAAACAUCGCGAUCAUAGGCAAUUGCAACAACAGCUGGUAUGCUCCGACUAACGCAUUGCAUUGUCGAUGCGCUUUGCGGCAUUGUAUGCAGAUCAAGGCGCUUUGGUAGGAUCCCAGGUGACUCCACUGCCAGUCUCCAGAGCGUCCAAUUUAGCAAUUUCCUGUCCCGACAGCUCAAAGUCGUACACGUCCGCGUUCUCCUCGAUGCGCGAAGGGGUGACAGACUUCGGGAUGACAAUGUGGCCCUUUUGCAAGACGUAUCGAAUGAGGAGCUGAGAAGGCGUCUUCUUAUGCACCUGCGCAAGACGAG